AUGGGGGGUGGCUCACGUUCACGCAAGAGAGACUUGGCACGAUCCCAAGCCAAUCGUUCUUAUGAUGAAGCAUUGCCUUCUUCCUCUGCUAUUUUGGAAACUAUUUACUCUGUGGUGGGCUUCCUGGCAGACAUAUUUAAAGGCUCGUUGUUUGUGUUAAAACCCGUUCUUUCCGUGAUCAUGGCAUUGGCGAUUUUUCUGGCCCUCUCAGGAUAUGGCUACCGGCUAUUUUCCAACGUGUUUUUGGAAACGGUAUGCUCUUUGCCUGUGGUAGGACCUCACCUUCCAGUAUGCCGCUCUGUACUGGAGCCUAUUCCCGACUUUUCGCAUUUGGUCAAAGUGCAGGAAUCAUUGUAUGAAAGUAUGAUGUCCCAAACCACCCCUGACACCAUCUCUGCCCUGGAACUGAAACAGGUCGAGUUGGCGACGCGCGAUCUUCAAAUGAUGAUCAAGUAUUCGCAUCUCGCCAGUGCGGAUUUGCUGGAAACCAAACUCACGGAUUAUUUGGUGCGAUCGCGAAGGUUUGGUAAAGACAUUCAAAGCUUGCAAGCACAGACCAAAGGCGUGCUUGAUAACCUCAUCACCUACAAUACCUUUACUCUGCGAAAACUGUCCGAUGUGGAACAAAAAAAAUCCAGUCGUCAAGAACUACGCGUCGUCUAUGAGAGUGCCAUGCAACUAGUUGAAAAGGAAGCGCGACGAUUGAUUUUGGCCAUUGAAAAAGCACAAACCUCGCUGAACCAGCUGGAAGAGGAUUUGUAUGCCAUCCAAGAAAUCUCCAUGCAAGAACAGAGCUAUCAGCGAUCCGGUAAACCGCAUAUCCUCGCCGAUCUCGUCAACAUCAUUCGCGGCAAAGGAUUACAACGUCCACUCGUAGAGGAAAACAUGCAGUUGUUGAUGCGAUUUGAUAUUGAGCGAAGCAUGGCGUCUCAAAAGUUGUUGAUGAUGUUGGAUCGAAUGGAAGCGUUCCAGAUGGAUCUUCAAGAACUAAGAACCCAAGUCAUUGCGCCCAUUGUCGUGCCGGACAUCAUUCCCCUGGAACUGCACAUUGAAAAUAUCGGCAAAUCCAUCGAACGUCUAAAGAAAGGCAAAGUCAUUGCCUGGGAAGACCGUCAACAGAUCGAAGCCCCUCUUGGUCCCGACUAA